AUGGCCGGCGGCCGCGCGUUCCGGCCGUCCGCGCCGCGCCGCGCGGCGUUCGCGGCUCUGCUCACGCUCCUCCUCCUCGCGGCACUCUCCUUCCUCCUCUCUUCCACGCCCGCCUCGUCGGCGCGUUCCUCGUCCCCGCCGUCCGCGCGCCUCGCCGCCGUCCGCCGCCACGCUGCCGACCACGCGGCUGUCCUUGCCGCGUACGCCGCGCACGCACGGAAGCUCAAGGAGGCCUCCGCAGCGCAGUCGCUCUCGUUCUCGACCCUCUCCUCCGACCUCUCCGCGCUGUCCGCCCGCCUCGCCUCCCACCUCUCCUCCUCGCUCCCCGAGGACGCGCUCAGGCCCCUCGAGAAGGAGGCCCGCGAGCGCAUCAAGUUCGCGCGCGCCCUCGCCGCUGACGCCAAGGAGGGGUUCGACACUCAGUCCAAGAUCCAGAAGCUCUCCGACACCGUCUUCGCCGUCGGCGAGCAGCUCUCGCGCGCGCGCCGCGCGGGGCGCAUGUCCUCCCGCAUCGCUGCGGACUCCACCCCCAAGUCGCUCCACUGCCUCGCCAUGCGCCUCCUCGAGGCCCGCCUCGCCAACCCCUCCGCAUUCGCCGACGACCCCGACCCGUCCCCCGAGUUCGAUGACCCCGCGUUGUACCAUUACGCCAUCUUCUCCGACAAUGUGCUCGCCGUCUCCGUCGUGGUGGCCUCUGCUGCGCGCGCCGCGGCCGACCCCUCGCGCCACGUCUUCCACGUGGUCACCGCGCCCAUGUACUUGCCUGCAUUCCGGGUCUGGUUCGCGCGGCGCCCGCCACCGCUUGGCGUGCACGUCCAGCUCCUUGCUUACUCCGACUUUCCAUUCCUUAAUGCCACCAACUCGCCGGUGGUCAGGCAGAUCGACGCCGGCAACAGAGACGUCGAGUUGCUGGAUUACCUGAGGUUCUACCUUCCAGAUAUGUUCCCGUCGCUGCGGAGGGUGGUCCUUUUGGAGGACGAUGUGGUGGUGCAGAAGGAUUUGGCAGCGCUUUGGCAGGUCGACUUGGACGGGAAGGUGAAUGGUGCAGUGGAGACGUGCUUCGGGGGGUUUAGGAGGUACAGGAAGUAUCUCAACUUCACACAGCCCAUUGUGCGGGAUCGAUUCAAUCCCAGUGCCUGUGCAUGGGCAUAUGGGGUAAAUGUGUUCGAUCUUGAGACAUGGCGGCGGGAUGGUUGCACAGAAUUGUUCCAUCAGUAUAUGGAAAUGAAUGAGGAUGGCGAGCUGUGGGAUCCUACAUCCAUUCUAACAGCUGGGCUGAUGUCCUUUUAUGGCAAUACCAAGCCACUGGAUAAGUCAUGGCAUGUAAUGGGUCUUGGCUAUAAUCCAAGCAUCAGCCCUGAGGCAAUCCGUAGUGCUGCAGUGAUACACUUCGAUGGGAACAUGAAGCCCUGGCUUGAUGUUGCUUUGAACCAAUACAAGGCCCUGUGGACAAAGUAUGUGGACACUGAAGUGGAGUUCCUAACACUGUGUAACUUUGGUCUUUGA